GUUUAUAUGGCGGAGUAGAGGAGAGGGAGAGGAAGGCACGGCGAUGCUUUUCUCUGAGUUUAGGAGGAAACCUGUUGAAUAAAGUCUGUUUUCUGGUGCUGGAGGGAUGCGGGGGAGUUCUGGCGACAUAUUCUCUCCCGGUAAGACCCCAGACACUUCACUGUAAAACCUCCCCUCUUCUGGAGAUCUGUACACUACAUGUUGGAACAUUGCUGUGAAGAUUGGAUCGAGUUCAGCAAGAAGAGCAUUCAUGAGUUCAGGUAUAGCUGUUGUCAUGGCGACCAGUGCAGUUCCUAGCGACAACCUCCCCACGUACAAGCUGGUGGUGGUGGGAGACGGCGGCGUGGGCAAGAGUGCUCUCACCAUUCAGUUUUUCCAGAAGAUCUUCGUACCCGACUACGAUCCCACCAUCGAGGACUCCUACCUGAAGCACACAGAGAUCGAUGGACAGUGGGCUAUUUUGGACGUUCUGGACACGGCAGGGCAGGAGGAGUUCAGUGCCAUGCGAGAGCAGUACAUGAGGACAGGCGACGGCUUCCUUAUCGUGUUUUCCGUCACAGACAAGGCCAGCUUCGAGCAUGUGGACCGCUUCCACCAGCUCAUCCUCAGGGUGAAAGAUCGAGAGUCCUUCCCCAUGGUCCUGGUGGCAAACAAAGUAGAUUUGGUACAUCUGAGGAAGGUGACGAGUGACCAGGGCUGUGAGAUGGCUGCCAAACACAGUAUUACCUACAUUGAGACGAGUGCCAAGGACCCCCCGAUGAAUGUGGACAAAGCCUUUCAUGAACUGGUCCGAGUAAUUAGGCAGGAGAUUCCAGAGAGGAGUUUGAAGAAGAAGAAGAAGAUGAAGUGGCGUGGAGACCGAGCUGCUACCUCUCCCAGACUCCGCUGCAGUAUUUUGUGAUGCGCUCCUCCUCCAGCUUCUGGUUAAGCCAGAAAGAGGUGGUUUCUCGAUGGUUCUCAUUCUUCGUCUCAGAUCACUGCGCUCAGCAGGGGGAGUGCUACAGAACCGGCAGGCCCGAGUCAGGCCGGGCUGGGUGGGGUCGGGCAGGGCCGGGCUGGACCGGACCAGCAGUGACAGUUAAAUAAGGCUGACAGAGACGUUUGCACUGAUGCAGAGAUCACCACAGGACUUUGUACUGAUGUGUGGUGAUUUAGUGUCUCCUGGUGGUCACAAGUGUAAAUGGCAUUGGCUAAUGACUUCUUCCAAGGGGCUCAGUGUGAGCGGACAGAACUUGUCCUUAUUGGUUUUAGAUAUCGGAGGGAUCGCAGUCACCUGAACUGUUGUUUGUAUUAAAAACGUUUUUGGGGCUUCAGGAAUUUAAAUACCUCCUCAAUAUGGCCUUUACUGUACAAGUAUUACACAAAUAGAAUUUGUCCCAUUGCACUACUAAAUGAAUCUAUUUUGCACUUUUACUUUGUGUCAAAUAUGAAAUUAUGGGAUCACAGUAUUAAAGAAUUCUGACUUUGAUGAAGGGUUUAGUUGUAAAGGUAGAAUUGUUUUAUUAUUAUUUCUUGCACUUCUAAUUUGCACUCAUAGUGGGACUGCUGACAACAUUCAUUUUUAUUGCCUUUAUACAUUUUUGUAAAACUUUUUCUGCCUAUUUUAAUCAAACACCAAAACGUUCUCCACUGGCCAACAUGAAGUUUUUUACAUAUCUGCUAAAGAUCUGUAUGUGGCGGUUUAAAAGCAUUGCUUGUUCAUCUUUUUUUCUAGGCUUGGCUUUUUAAGACAAUUCCUAUUACACCAAUGUGCCUGCACAGUGCUGUGUCUUUUACCUCUGCCCUAUUGUAAUAUUUACAUGUUUCAGACCAUCCAAUUAAUGAUCAUUCCAUGAAUUGUAGAUAAACUAAGCCCAAGCUGAACACCCAUGAUCUGCUGAUGGAAUCACAUAAGCAAUUAGGAUUACUUUAGCAGAACUUUAGCCAACUUUCACUGAGGAAUACACAUAAAACUUUACUUUGGGAAACAGAAGCUGCAUCGACUUUUUGGCUCAGAUGUGUCUGGAAAGAACUAUUACAUUGUGGUCAGACGAAUCAGUAUUACAGUACUUUUUGGACUUUGGGUGCUCCAGACCAAACAGGAAUAGGACCAUCCGGACUGUUAUCAGCAAUGUGUCUAAAAGCCAGGGUCUGUCAUGGAAUGGUGCUGUGUUAGUAGUACAAUUCUGUGAUGGCAGCAUAAAUGUUAGAAAUGUAUAUUGAGAUCUUAUAGCAACAAGUUCUGCCUUUAAGGCAACACCUUUUGUAGGGACAGCCAUGUCCCAUUUUUCCCAAGACCAUGCAGAAUGAACACGAAUAGGACCAUCCAGACUGUUAUCAGCAAUGUGUCUAAAAGCCAGAGUCUGUCAUGGUAUGGGGCUGUGUUAGUGGCAUCCUUUUGUGAUGGCAGCAUAAAUAGAAGAAAAGUCGAAAAGUAUAUUGAGCUCUUAUGGAAACAUAUGCUGCCUUCAAGGUAACACCAUUUCUAAGGACAGCCAUGUCCCAUUUUUCCCAAGACCAUGCAGAAUCAUAUGCUGCACACAUUACAAAGCCGUAAUCGUAGAAGAAGAGGAUACAGGCACUGGACUAGUCUAUCUCUAACAGAGAACCCAAUACUGUAGCACACCUUAAUACAAAGUUUGCAGGAAAAUGGGACAAAAUAACCUGAAGUACUUCAUUUUUUGUUUGUAUUAUCUGUGCCAAAACAUCUUCGAAGUGUUUUGAGAAGGAAUGGAACAUUGCAAAGUAUUAAUUGCCUUAUUGUGCCAGUUUGUGUUGAAGUCCUGAAAUACAGGAAUGAAUGUAUAUUAACACAUGAAAUGAAGUUGACCAAACAAACCAUAAAAUGUACUCAUGCUGUCUGCAAGUAAAUAAAAAACAUUGUAAAUAUAAGAAACAAA